AUGUUUGUUACUAGCUACAAAUAUAUUGCCAUUUUGGCAUCUCUGUUCAUACUGUCGCUCACAUCUAAUGCUAAGGACAAUGAUAUCGAUCUAACACAAUAUGUCGAUUUAUUUAUUGGAACUGAAGGUAGUGUUGCUGGCACAUCUUACAAUGGCGGAAACGUUUUCCCUGGCGCAGCUAUGAUUGUUCCGUGGCUAACUUCUUUGCUCAAUAGCCAUGAUGUGGACGAGAAGAGGAAAGUCGAUGUGAAUGCAGGAUAUUCACCCGAUGGGAAUGUAUCUGCUAUAUCCUUCUUGCAUGAGAGCGGAACAGGAGGCGCACCUAAGUAUGGGGUGGUAUCUCAGAUGCCACUUUCAAUCCUUGACGGGGUGGAAGUAGCCGACAACAGGACAUAUAUGCAACCUCGAGUCGGCAAAGACUCUGCAUCAGUGGGGUAUUAUAAGACUAGGUUCCGAAAUGGAAUUACAGCAGAGAUGUCUGCCACUGACCACGCCGGAAUUCUUCAAUAUACAUAUCCAUCUUCCACAGGAAAGUUUGUCUUAGUUGACUUAAGCCAUUAUCUGCCAACCCAUGGAGAACCAAGCGCAAACCAGAUGUAUAGCAAUGGGAAGAUUGAUAUACAGGACGGUGGGCGGAUGUAUACCGGAUAUGGUAUUUAUCGAGGAGGCUGGAACGAAGGACCGAACUUCCAGGUUUUCAUGUGUGCCGAGUUUGAUAUAGCUCCAUCCUCCACAAGAACAUGGCGGGCCCCAUAUACUGAUCCAUAUGAUGAAGUUCGAGGAGAGGCAAAGUUUUCAAAUCAGCAAACAAUCACAGGAGGACGAGAAGGUUAUCAGUACGCAGACAGAGUCGGAGCUGUUUUCGAGUUUCCAUCAGACACCAGGACCUCAAAGUCCAGGAUUGGUGUUUCAUUUAUUUCAACCGAGAAAGCAUGUCAGUUUAUUAAUGAGAUGAGGUCCUGGAAUAUCAACGAUACCGUAAAUGACGCAAAGGGUCGGUGGAAUAGUGAAGUGCUGAGCACAGUGACAACGUCGGAUACCAAUACAACAAGACGGACAAUGUUGUAUUCCGCUCUAUAUCGUUCACAUCUGCUUCCUAGUAACAGAACAGGUGAAAACCCAUAUUGGGAAUCGGCAGAACCUUACUAUGACGAUUAUUAUGCCAUAUGGGAUACCUUCCGAUGCCUGAAUAGUUUCUACUUAUUAACCAAGCCUCAGUUCGCGGCAGAAACCAUCCGUUCCUUGAUUGAUAUCUGGAGGUUUGAGCGUUUUAUGCCUGAUGGUCGAAGUGGCAAUGCAAAUGGAAGAGUUCAAGGAGGUAGUAAUGCAGACAAUAUCCUGGCAGACGCAUAUGUCAAAGGCCUUCAAGAGGGCGUUAACUGGACAGACGGGUAUUUAGCCAUGAGAACGGAUGCUGAAGUAGUACCAUACAACAAUUUUGGGCCGGCAGAUCUGACUGGCUCCACAAAGGAAGGGCGUGGUGCCCUUCCAGAUUGGCUUCGGUAUGGGUAUGUGACUCCAAGUUUUGGUAGAAGCAUUAGCCGGACAGUUGAGUACUCGUUAAAUGACUUUGCUCUGAGCCAAGUUGCAAAGGACCUUGCACCAGAAGAUUAUGAUAAGUAUCUGACCCGGAGCGCCGGGUGGCAGCGAAUAUGGCACAAGAACAUCAGCAGCCUCAACUUCACAGGGUUUCUAGCUCCAACUUGGCCGAAUGGUUCUGUGACACCGGGGUAUGAUCCUCUCGAUUGCGGGGAGUGUGAAUGGAGUUCCCAUAGCUAUGAGGCGUUACCAAUUGAAUACGGAUGGACUGUUCCAUUCGAUAUGAAAUCCCUGAUCCAAUUCAUGGGCGGCGCAAAAACAAUGGAGCAAAGGCUUGAUCAGAUGUUUGUUCCAGGACUCCGUAAGGGGGAUGUGGGCUCUGGCGGAACAAACACGCUAGGCACCACAUUAUUUAACCCUGGGAAUGAGCCGAGCUUUUUCACUCCGUUCUUGUACAACUACCUCCCUGGACGGCAGUGGAAAUCCGUUCUCCGCCUUCGAGACACGGUUAACUCGUAUUAUAGUACUCAACCGUCUGGACUUCCAGGGAAUAGUGACGCAGGAGCUAUUGAUAGCUGGCUGAUAUGGAACUUCCUGGGUCUGUACCCUGUGGUAACCCAGCCAGUUUAUCUGCUAUCAAGCCCGUGGUUUAACAAUGUUUCCAUUGCGGUGGGUGAUAACUCAAGGCUCACGAUCACUGCGCAAAACCUCAACGAGGACAGCUAUUUCGUCCAGAGUGUCAAGGUCAACGUUGUCGUUGGGAAGAGCAAUAAUAUUGAUAUUGUGGAAGAAGCAAUUAUUCAGCUUAUUAAGCAAGUGGUGUUUGCAGGCUUUGCAGUGUUUGUUUAA